UCAGAACUUAUACCUGGAUCCAGCCAUUCGUGAUUGGGUUUUAAUCCCUAUAAUGGUUGUAAUGGUGCUAGUUGGUGUAUUUAGAGAUCAAGUUACAGUAUUAUUAGGUGGUAGUUCAACAAAAAAACCAGGGUUAAAAGCUAUAAGAGAAACACGAAUUUUAGCUCGUGGAGCCACGUUACGAAGUUAUGGAAAUCAUAUUCCACUAACAUCCUUUACUA